GACAGAGACGGAAGGCAAGAGCAGCAGUGCGCCCACACAGCCGUGGACGGUAUGACGGUGGAACAGCGGAACGCUGCCUGUGGUUCUCUGCGCUCUUUACGGGGCUCUUCUGGCGCAUUUUGGACUCGUUCAGACUGAGAGGAGGAUCAGAAACAAAGAGGGAAAACACAAGGAAGAACCAGUGGAGCUAUCUGCUGAGGCAGGAGUGUCUUAUCGAUGCAGGACAGGGCACAAGUGCAAUCAACUAGGCUACCUGGAGGCGAACAGACUCUUAGACACACUUCAAGGACAACGUCGAGGCCUACUUUUGGAGUAAUGUUGAACACCCAUGUGAAUCACAGCCUGUGGGUUUUAAUGUAAGGAAGAAACAGAAAAAGGAACCUCAUGUCAGAAACUACUUUUAUUUGCAUCUGACCGUUCAGCAGAAGAUGCGCCUUUUAGUGUCCCGAAAGACAAAAGUGAUGUGAUGCGUUUUGGGAACUGGGUUAACAGCUCUUUUGAUGCACGAACUCUGCAGCUGAGAGGGAGAAAGCAAAGUUCCUUUAACGUUUUCCUUAAAAAAAAGCAGAGGAAUAGGACAGUACAGGAGGGAGUAGGAUAUGGAUUGUGUGUCUGAGCCUGUUGGGAUGCACUGCGCAUCUGAGCUGCGACGUUUCGCACCAUGAUACAGGAACAAAGUGCACCUGACAACCAAUGUAACAUAGCUUAAGCCAGUCCACAAGGAUCUACUAUGUCCUCACUACAGACGAGGAAACUGACUCUGUGCCAGGCCCUGACCUUUGUCCUGCUGCUGCUCGCUCCCGUCGGCCUGACGUCCUCACACAGCUCUUGGGUUUCUGCAUGGCAUCCCUCCGGUGAGGCCUCAUCUGGGCAUCUGGCGCGCACCAGGCGGCAGCAGCACUUCAAGAAUGAGUGGGCAACAUGGAGCGGCUGGUCUGUCUGCUCACGUAGCUGUGGGGGCGGAGCAUCAGUGAGAAAACGCACCUGCAUCACCAGGAACCCAGUGGGUGGACCAUGUACAGGAGAUCCCAGACAAUACAAGAUCUGCAACACUAAGGAUUGUCCCCCUAGCUCGGAGGAUUUCAGAGAGAUGCAGUGUGCUGCCUUCAAUGACAGACCAUUCGUGGCUGGGAGCUCCUUCAAAUGGACCACUUUUCAUGGGGGCUCUAACCCCUGUGAGCUAAGCUGCCUGGCCCUGGGUCACAACUUCUACUACAACUUUGGUCGUGUGCUCGAUGGCACAGCCUGUGACAAGGAGCCUGGAGGACUGUGUGUCAACGGACGCUGCCUGAAGCCUGGCUGUGACGCCAUAUUGGGCUCAAAGCAGCAGAAGGAUGCCUGCAUGGUGUGUGGGGGACAAAACACCACCUGCCUGCACCACAAGAGCGUGUACCAGAGCAACGGUGUGGAGGCAGGCGGACCUUUUGGAUACAAUGAAGUGGCCAUGAUACCAGCUGGAGCCACUCACAUUCGGGUGACUGAUAACAGCAGGAAUUAUCUUGCUCUGCAGAAUGGUCGCUCCCAGUUUGUGAUCAAUGGUAACUGGAAGAUCAGCAUUCCAGGCGAGUACAAUGUAGCCGGGACGAAGCUGCUGUACCGGCGCUCGGCAGACACCUGGGAGAGCUUCGAGGUACCAGGACCCACUCAGGAGGACCUCCAUCUAAUGGUGCUGGCAACAGACAGCAAUCUGGGCAUCGAGUACGAGUACUGGCUGCCACCAGGCCAAUACGCCAUUCACCAUGGGAGGAGGAGUCCACUGCGUCAAGCUCACCACACUGCUAACUACCUCCCCUGGGAUCAACACACCACCACCACCACCCGGCCUCCUCCUGUCACCACUCGACCCCACUGGUUUUUGAGGCCUGUGAAGCCACCCCGCCAAACUCCCCACCACAAUCACCGCCAGCACCCUCAGCAGCCCGUCCUGCCCCGCCUGGAGCGAGAGGAGAACCACAGAAACCUCCUGCCUCAGCCCUCACCUGGAAAGGAAAGUGUUAAGGGGUGA